UGGAUCAGACGGCAAGGCAGAUACACUCGUCGUCAUCGGCUGCUACUAGUAGUAGCACCUUGAGUAAGAGGUGAUUCCCGCUGAUGGCGCCGCCUCCCGCCGGCGUGGAGGCCGUCUGCGCCGCCGUCAUCAAAUCCACGCUAACCCAACCCCACAACCACCACCACCUGCUCGCGGCCUCGCCCUCCCUCCUCGCCGCCGUCCUCCACCGCCUCUCCCCGCUCCCCUCCACCGCGCUCGCCUUCUUCCGCUCCCUGCCUCCGCCCCACCCGCUCGACGCCUCCCUCGCCCUCCUCCGCCUCCUCGCCCCCCACCCGCGCCACCACCCCACCGCCCGCUCCCUCCUCCGCGACCUCUCCCUCCGCCACCCGCUCUCCUCCCCGCUCCUCCUCCCUUCCCUCCUCGCCGACCCCCACCUCCCCAGCUGGCUCCUCCUCCUCCUCUCCCAGUCCGCCCGCCCGCACGACGCCCUCCGCGUCUUCGACCACAUGCGCGCGCGCGAGGUCGUCCCCGACGCGCAUGCCUCCUCCGCGCUCCUCACCGCGCUCGCGAAGUCCCGGAUGACGGCCACCGCGCGCAAGGUGUUCGACCAAAUGACGCGGGCCGGGGUUGCCAUGAACACCCACGUGUACAACGCCAUGCUGCACGUCUGCUUGAAGGCCGGGGACGCCGCGCUCGCUGAGUCUCUGAUGACGCGGAUGGACGCCGCCGGUGUGCCGCUCGAUAGGUUCUCCUUCAACACCGUCAUCGCGCUCUACUGCAGGAAGGGCAUGCAGUACGAGGCCAUGUGCGUACGGGAGCGGAUGGAGAAUCAGGGUGUCAAGGCUGACGUCGUCACAUGGAACUCAUUGAUCCAUGGCUUGUGUAAGGAGCGCAGGGUGAAGGAGGCGAGUCAGCUGCUGAGAGAGAUGGCGAUGGCAGGGGUGGCACCGGACCAUGUCACAUACACCACGCUUGUUGAUGGGUACUGUCGAGCAGGCGACUUGGAGGAGGCGGUCAAGCUGCGAGGGGAGAUGGAGGCAAUGGGGAUGCUACCAGGUGUCGCGACAUACAAUGCGAUUCUCAGGAAGCUCUGUGAAGAUGGCAAGAUGAAGGAGGUCAAUGUGUUACUUAAUGAGAUGGAUGAGAGGAAGGUGCAGGCUGAUCAUGUAACGUGCAACACGCUGAUCAACGCAUACUGCAAGAGAGGGGACAUGACCUCAGCGCUCAAGGUGAAAAGAAGGAUGAUGGAGUCAGGGCUACAGUUGGAUCAGUUCACUUACAAGGCUCUCGUCCAUGGUUUCUGUAAGGCCAAGGAGCUGGAUGAAGCCAAGGAAGCCUUGUUUGAGAUGAUGGGUGCAGGAUUUUCACCCAAUUAUAGUGUGUUGUCAUGGAUUGUCGAUGGUUUAUGCAACAAGAAUAAUGCAGUUGCAGUUCUAGCCAUUCCUGAUGAACUUAUGAAAAGAGGAUUUCCACCAGAUAAAGCAGUAUAUAGGUCUCUGAUCCGAAGGCUAUGCAAGAAAGGGUUUAUUGAUCUUGCUGGGAAUGUGUUCAAUGAAAUGCAAGGCAAAGGUCUAGAAGCUGACUGUCUUGUGUAUGCUACACUUGCGUGUGCAUAUCUGACUGCUGGGAAGCCAGUUGCUGCUUUGGAUAUCUUGAAUGAGAUGGCGAAGAAGCAGUUGUACAUAACACCCCAGAUUUACAACUGUAUGUGUACCUCUUAUGCUGAUGAGAAGGGAUCGCUUAAUAUGCUCUGGGUUCAUGCCAUUGAGAGAGGCCUAAUCACAAAGAGCGUAUACAAAGUGAUGCACCAAGCAAGAAUGAAAUCUUCAAAUCCUGCAGUCUAGAAUGCGAGGAGGGGAAUGCUCAUAUUUCAGGGAUGAACUUUUCAGAGACUGUGAAUUGAGAGUGGGCUAUAGAAAUAGUCUUGCACUUUGGUCUUUUGAUGUCGAUGAUGCUCGUGAGUCACUUAAUUGGUUCCCUCUGUUGGCUGGCACUUAAUUUACUAAAUCAUAGCAAUUAGUUAGCACAAGCAGUUUCUUUCUUGUACCUUCCACAUGUCCCUUUGCAUCAUUGAUUUCUGCUGUCUGCAAGAGGUGGCACCUUGUGUUCUCUGGCUUGGUAAAUUCCCAUCUCUAUUCCCUUUCAUCCUGCCCGGAACAGAGUGGAGGCGUGAUGUUUGUGAUAUGUAGGUAGGGCAGAUUGCUAGUGCUUACAUUUCAAUGGCCUGCCUGCCAUUUCUUUUAGUUUUAUUGGAAGGAACUCUAUCUUUCUUUAUCACCUUAAUUAUCAAUGCUUGCAUUGCAUGUACGCCUGUAUACAUAUUAGUUCAGUUUUCUAUGUCUGAUUGAUUCUUCAGCCCACCAAUCAUUCAGGUUUUUGUCCAAUGCUAUUCUGCUUUAAAUUGAUGUUUCUUUUUCUGAAUUCACAGACAAAUCAAGCUGCAAAUUUGCAGGUGAUGGGGUGCUUCAAUUCCAAACCAAACAAUGCCGGUGCGAUCAGAAGAAGACAUGGGAGGGUAGAAGUGGAUGUUUGCGCCUGGAUUAUGAGUUCCUGAGGCUCAGAGGAGCUGCGUCGAGGACUUGGAUAAUUUUCAUGGCUACUCGCUACUCAUGAGCACUACUCCUGACUAGGCCCAGGAGGCGCACGAUCACUCUUCAUGGUUCAUUCAUGGCACAUCUGCUAAAUUGAUUAUCAAGAAGAAUAAUGGCAGAGGUGAUGAACUAACUGUCUGAAUUCAGUGUUUUUUUUUUCGCCGGGAAGGCUGAAGGAGACCAUCCGAGUAUAUUAAGAAGGAGUAAAAGUUACAAGAAAAACACCACAACUGAAUUCAGUGCUUGCUGGACUGCUGAUCUUCUGCAGGCUUUGGAGGAUUAUUUGCCUCUGCUCUUCUCAGCCUAGUCAAAGAUGAUAACCUGAUUUCCCCUUCUUUUUAAUUGGUCUGAAUGAAAUCCAGGAGAUUUGUGUCAGUCGAGGUUGAAUUCUUUUACAGGGAGCGAGUUGGAAGAUAGUACAAUUUUGCAUUUAUGAACGAAGAGGAUGAUGCAGAGGUCCGCGUGCACCUAUAUUGUUGCAUGUGGUGUAGGACAAUAGGAGUGAUACUGUACUGUGUUUGAUCAUCUAUUUGUCUUGUGUACCGUCAAUGCCCAGUGCUUAGAAUGAGAUGCUACCUGUUGUCUUGGACACGUGACGGCUAUGCUGCAUUCGUCCGAAGCAAUUUUUGUGCGUCUUCCUAAGACAUGUAUUGAGGGAUACCAUGCUAAUAUAAGGUAUCUGAGGGUCUGGAGCAAUAUGUAAGCAUAUGAGAUACAGAUAAUUAGACUCUGAAACUUUGUGUUUGUAUUCCA